CUUUACCUUGCCAGCCCACUGUUGCCAUGGCUAUACCAGUCUUCAUACUCGCUGGUCUGCUUGUGCAUUGUGUGUUCUUGGUCUCCAUUUUUGACAUCUACUUCAGCUCUCCCCUGGUUCAUGGUAUGACUCCUCAGCAGACUCCACUGCCGCCUCCAGCGAAGCGUCUCGUGCUCUUUGUGGCCGAUGGUCUGCGGGCAGAUGCACUGUAUGAACUGAGCAGCAGUGGGACACCUCCAGCACCCUACCUGCGGAGUAUUCUAGAGAACAGUGGCAGCUGGGGAGUCUCUCACACCCGAGUCCCAACAGAAUCCAGACCAGGGCAUGUUGCACUGAUAGCUGGGUUUUAUGAAGAUGUCAGUGCAGUUGCUAAAGGGUGGAAGGAGAAUCCAGUGGAAUUUGACUCUGUUUUCAAUGAAAGCAAAUAUACUUGGAGCUGGGGAAGCCCGGAUAUUUUGCCAAUGUUUGCAAAAGGUGCUACUGGAGAUCACGUUUACACAUUUUGUUACACAGCAGCAAGUGAAGACUUUGGAGCAGAAGAUGCAGCCAAGCUUGACACAUGGGUUUUUGAUCAUGUUAAGAGCUUCUUUAAUUCUUCCAGAAGUAAUCAAACGCUGUUCUCUGCACUGAAUGAAGAGAAAGUGGUGCUGUUCCUGCAUUUGCUAGGCAUAGACACAAAUGGACAUGCUCAUCGGCCCAACUCAAGGGAAUACAAGGAGAACAUUAAAAAAGUUGAUGAGGGUGUAAAAGAAAUUGCUUCAAUGAUUGACAAUUUCUAUGGAAAUGAUGGGAAAACUGCAUUUAUUUUAACUUCUGACCAUGGGAUGACAGAUUGGGGAUCCCAUGGAGCUGGUCAUCCCUCGGAAACAUUAACACCACUGAUUGUUUGGGGUGCUGGGGUGAAUUAUCCGCAGAAAGUCACAUCCCAGUUCUUCGAAGACAGUUUUUUGAAAGAGUGGAAGCUGGAGAACUUGAAGAGGCUGGAUGUCAAUCAGGCUGACAUAGCACCACUGAUGGCUUCCCUUAUCGGUGUGCCUUUUCCACUGAAUUCCGUGGGAACUCUGCCUCUGGAAUAUCUGAACAAUAGUGAUCAUUUCAAAGCAGAGAGCAUGUUUACCAAUGCUGUUCAGAUUCUUGAGCAAUUUAAGGUUAAGAUGUCUCAGAAAAAGGAAGCUACACUGUCAUUUCUGUUCACACCAUUCAAGUAA